AUGCUGAGGCAGUGGAGCGGCCAUGUGGCUAGAAUGCCAAAGCUGCACAGGCAAACCACACCUUUGAGACAUUUUCAUUUCAUUAAUUCCAGGCUGCAACUGGAUCAGGACCAGAAUAGUAAAUAUAGAGAGAGACUUCAUCUGGACUCAGAGCCCAUUAAUUCUCAGAAGAACGAUUCCACCUACGAAUCGUACCAGAGGUUCCAGGCGAUGUUCAUGGGAAUAAUGGUCAUUGUUGGAUCGAUUGGAGGGUACGAGUUGUAUAGAAACUGGGAUUUUGUGAAAAGAAAAGUGCUUGGAGAUUCUUACGAUAUGUCCAAAUUUGAAGAGGUCUACGCGCAGAUUCAGGCAAAGCAGGAGAAGAAGAAAAACAAACUCGACGCGCUUAAUGCCACUGUGACCAACCCAAAUACAAGUGACGUUCCGGGACUAUACAUAUGCGGAGACAAUUCCACUCAGAUGGUUUCCAGCGACCCUAAAGUCAAAUUCCAAUCGGUGCUGAAGCGUCUGGACAUAUUUGACAACAUGCUUGUUCGCGAUGUGGCUUUGGGAGAGGCCUCGGGCGCAUUGAUUAACGAGAAAGGACAUUUAUACCAAUGGGGUGCAGGAUUUGGAGGAAACUCGUCCAAGCCAACGCUGAAGGGGAAAGAUUUGGUGAAGGUGAGGAUCAGCAAUGGACUGAUAUACGCUCUUACGAAACGAGGAGAGGUUCUAUUUUUGCCUGAGAGCGCAAAUGAACAGCAACAAUACAGGGAAAAGGAUAAGGGGUGGCUUUUUUCUAGUACCAGAAACUACGGCAAACUGGCUACCAGCAGACCGAUAAAAGACAUUGUCACUGGAAAAGAGCAUUUGGUUCUUCUAGAUAAUAGAGGAUUCGUCUACACUGCGGCUACAGGUUUUGAACCCCUGAAGAGGUCGUAUGGUCAGUUUGGUCUUCCUGAAUAUUCCCAGUUUGAUGAGCCGCCAGUGCCGAACGAGCUUCAUGAAGUGACUCUGCUGAACCGUGUGAGAGAAAACGACAUUUUGACCCAGCGUGAAAUCAAGAAGAUUGCUGCUGGAGAUUACUUCACCGUGUGUCUGGACAGCCUAGGGAACAUUUGGGCUUUUGGCAAGAACACUUACGGGUCCCUAGGCAAGGAAGUCAACUACAAAACUGAAAUUGUGCCAUACCCAUGCAAGGUCGAGUUGAUCAGCAAGAGGUUCAAAAGAAGCGAUCUUCCUCAGUGCAUCGACAUCGCCGCAGGUGGAGAUACCGCGUUUGCCUCGUUCGUGUCUUCGGACAUCUACGAGCUCUUUGAACACAGCUUGAAAAACUCCAAAAAUCUCGAUCUGAGCAUGCUUUCCGAUCAGCAGAAGGAGUCGUUAGUUCACUUUGCGUGGGGACAUGGGCUGAAGGGCGAGCUUGGAAAUGGCCAUUUUGUGCAUGGCCAGGCAGAGCCAACAAAAAUACAGAAACUGAACGAUAUUCGGGAAUAUGACGAGACUAAGGGGAAAUUGGAGGUGCUGGGAUUGCGCCAAUGGAGUGUUGGAGGCAACCAUGCCGUGGCCACGCUGUCGAACGGAGACGUUUAUGACUGGGGAGACAAUGAAUUUGGCCAGCUUGGAAACGGAAAGCGAAUCCGCUCUGGGGUGCCGACUCCGGUUCCUGCGCUUUUGGAGCCUGGAAAGCCUUUCAUUAGGAGUGAAAAUAGCCGUCUCCAGCUAAAGGCCACCAAAAAGUACGAACAGGUGGCCGUCGCCGGCCCAAGCACCACUGCUAUAUACUACAAAUGUAAAUAG